AUGGCACUUAAUUGUUCUGUUGAAGUGAAUCUAAUUGAUUCUAAUACGGUUUCUAUCAAAUAUAUUGUCGGUGGAUGGCUGACAUUAAUUUUUUGUCUAUUUGGCAUUAUUACUAACAUUUUUACAGUUGUUGUUUUACUUCACCCACGUAUGCGAAAUAGUUCGACACAUGUUUAUUUAAUGGCUUUAUCCGCAUGUAAUAUAUUUCUCUUAACUGGUCUUAUGAUUAAUUAUUCAUUGAAAUCUAUAGCUUCUUAUCCUGAAUUAUUAGCUUAUUUACGUCGACCAGAUCGCAUAAAUCGAGAUGCACUAUUAGCUAAUUCUUACGAGCAAUUCUAUGCACGUGUCGCACCAAUAACAACACCAUUAUUAUCAAUGUUAUUACUUUGUAGUACAUACUUAACUGUUCUAGUUAGUGGUGAUCGUUAUUUUUUAAUAUGUUGGCCAUUAAUGGCAGAAAAAAUUCGUACACGUAAAAUGGCUAUACGUUUAUUAUUACUUGUUUUUAUACUUGUUAAUAUUUACAUAUUUCCACAUUGGUUUGAAUAUCGUACAACUGCAAUAUAUAUACAUCGAACUUAUUCAAUAACAAAUUCAACUGAACCACAACAACAAUUACUAAGAAAUACAACUGAAAAACUUGUUGAAUUACAAUAUACAAGUCUUGGUUUAAAUGCCGUAUAUAGAUCAAUUUAUCGUUUUUAUUUAAAUGUACCUGUUACAUUUGUUAUACCAUUUACAUUAUUAACAUUAUGUAAUGGUAGUAUGAUUCAUCAAUUAUUAUUAAUAAAAAAGAAAAAGAAACGUUUAGGUCAUCGUAUGAAAGCAGAUAUACGUAUAACAAUCAUGUUAAUUGUUAUUGUUUUAACAUUUAUGUUAUGUCGUUCAAUAAAUUUAUUUGUUAAUUUACUUGUACAAUUAUCACCAUGUUUAAAUAAAAAUUCAUUACAACGUUUUAAUACAUUUGCAAAUUUAUUAAUUGCAUUUAAUGGUUUUAUAAAUUUCUUUUUAUUUGCUGUAUUUGGUCAACGAUUUCGUGAAAUGGUUUUAUAUAUCUUUCUACGACGAGGACAAUAUCCUUUCUUACAUCCACAUGAUGCUACAAGUGGACAUCGACCAGGUGGAUAUGGAGGAACACCAUCAAUGGAUAAUUCACGAAGAAAUUCAAGACGUUUUUCAACAAAUGAUUCAGAUCUUUGGGCAGCUAUUUCACGUCGACGAUCAUCAGCAACAAUGGCUGUUCUAUAUAAUCCAAAUGAUAUUCGACCAAGAUCAGUAUCUCAUUCAGCAACAAAUUCAUCACAUUUGCACAUUCCAGUAUCUUUAAAUGGUGAUCAACAUGGUGCAUCCUAUUCAUCAAUCAAUGUAACUGAAUCACCUUUUCCAAAUUCAUCUUAUCAACAAUUAUCACAAAAUAAUCAUGAUAAUACAACGACUAUAACAAAUACUUUAACAGUAUAUAAUAAUAAUUAUCCUAAAAGUCCCAGUCCAAGUUGUAUCAAAAAACGAACUGAUGAAAUGACACCAUCAACAGUGCAUCAUGUUAAAUUUGUUUAA